AUGUCGGUAAGUUGUGUGUGGUCACAAGUUAAUCUGUGCGCAGGAGCCACCAUCGUCUGCUGAGCCAAGACCCAAUGAUGGAGAGUCGGACUCUGAAGCACAGCCAUUUGAGGACGAGUCUGCAGCAUUGUUGGGCGACGACAGUGAAGUGCAGGAAGAAACUGAAGGCGAAGAUCUGUUUCGUGACGAUAUGGAGCGCGACUACCGGUAAUUCGCUUUCCACUACUUAUACUUCGCAGCCCAAUACCGGAGCUCGAUGUUUAUGAACCGGAAGGAUUAGCAGAUGAUGAAGAGGUUUCCAGCCUUUCUCCGACUGCUAGGGCUGAGGCCGAACGCCAAAUGCGACAUCGCGAUCGUGCAGAACUACUGGCCACGGGAGGUCUCAGAAGAGAUAUUGUCGCAGGUUUCCAAGCCUUGUAUGCAUUGAUUUCCUAGACUUAUAUGGUGAAGAAGACGAGGAGGACAUUGUACCUGCAAGACGACGGCGAUUGGCCGAACGCGUGGCCGCUGGAACUGAUGUGGAAUUGUCAGAUUACACCGAGGCUUUGGAAAGCAUAGAAAACCUCGAAGACAUGAAGGGAAUGUCAGUCAACGAGUGGGUUCAACAGCCAGCCACACGACAAGAAAUUAAGAAUCGCUUCAAGGUCUUUUUACGAACCUUUUUGAACGAAAAUGACGUGAACGUCUACGCUGAACGCAUUGUUCAAAUGGCCCGAGAGAAUAGACAAAGUCUCUGCGUUGAUUAUCAGCAUAUUGCGGCAGCCGAGCAGGUUUUGGCCUACUUCCUACCAGAAGCCCCAUUCCAUAUGUUAGAGAUUUUCAACGAAGCUGCCCUUGAAGUUACCCUAGCUCGGUACCCUCGGUACGACCGCAUAAGCAGUCACGUGAACGUCAGAAUAGUCGAUCUUCCACUUAUCGAGGAUCUAAGAAGCCUUCGUCAUCUUCAUUUAAACCAACUAGUCCGUACCUGUGGUGUCGUGACCAGUGCAACCAGUGUGAUGCCUCAGUUAAGUUUGGUGAAGUACAAUUGUGUUAAAUGCUCAUGUAUCCUGGGGCCGUUUGUCCAGAACCAAGGCUCUGAGGUAAAACCAUCCACAUGCCCCGAUUGCCAGUCAGGUGGGCCUUUCGAGAUCAAUAUUGAGCAAGUAAGGCUGAGAUAUGGUCACUACGGCCUCCUUCUAGACGGUUUACAAAAAUUAUCAGCGAAUAACCAUCCAAGAAAGUCCCGGGAAGGUACCAGCCGGGCGACUUCCGAGGUCAAAGGACGCAAUCCUACUCGAUGAUUUGGUUGAUAGCUGCAAACCGGGUGACGAAGUGGUACGUUGUUACUUUGCCAAUAUUCCCUAGGAACUCACCGGUAUCUACACCAAUAGUUAUAGCAACUCUCUUAACGCGCAAACAGGAUUCCCAGUCUUCUCGACUAUCAUACACGCUAACAAUAUUGUCAGGAAAGAAGACAAGGUAUUUUCAGCUCUCCUGUUAUACAGUUUCUCUUAGCUGGUGCUCGGCAGCCUGACGGAUGAGGAUGUGCGAACGAUUAUGAAGUUGUCGCGUGAUGAAAGAAUUUCAGAAAGGAUCUUUGCCAGCGUCGCUCCCAGCAUCUACGGUCACGAGGACAUCAAACGUGCCAUCGCACUGACCUUAUUUGGUGGGGAACCUAAGAACCCCGGUUAGUUUGCCUACCUAACAUACUUACCGGUUGCCAGGUGAAAAACACAAAAUUCGCGGUGAUAUCAACGUUCUUCUGUGCGGCGACCCCGGUACCGCUAAGUCACAGUUUUUGAAGUACAUCGAACAGGUGGCCCCUCGUUGCGUCUUUACAACAGGCCAAGGCGCAAGUGCCGUUGGCUUAACUGCCUACGUUACCCGUAAUCCAGUAUCAAAGGAGUGGACUCUAGAGGCAGGUGCUCUUGUUCUAGCUGACAAGGGCGUUUGCCUGAUUGAUGAAUUCGAUAAGGUCAGUUCUUAAGUCUUGCUUCAAAAUCUGUUUAAACCUAUCUGAGGGCGUGUCCGCGUUGACGAACGUUUGUUUUUACUCACCAGAUGAAUGACCAAGACCGAACCUCCAUCCACGAGGCUAUGGAACAACAGAGUAUAUCCAUAAGCAAAGCAGGGAUCGUGACCAGUCUUCAGGCGCGUUGCAGUGUCAUCGCCGCAGCCAAUCCAAUUGGAGGUCGUUAUGACCCGAGCAUGACCUUUUCCGACAACGUUGAUUUGAGUGAGCCAAUCCUCAGUCGAUUCGACAUUCUCUGUGUCGUUCGGGACACGGUUGACCCAGUCCAAGACGAAAUGUUGGCACGAUUUGUUGUUGGAAGUCACAUGCGGCACCACCCUAAUCUGACAGCUGAGGAGCAAGUGCAGUUAGUAGAACAGUUGGCCAGUCUGGGCGCCACAACAUCAAGUUCAGAGGCCAGCGCAGCUGAAUGUCAGCCACUCUCUCAGGUAAGUAACGGCUAUGUGUGACUUUCUGUCGUGGGUCAUGAAAGUGGUUACGAGUAAGUUGUUUGCGCCUCGUUUAGUGGCUAUCGCAGGAAAUCACUGCAUCAUUUCCUCUCCUGACCUUUUUGGCACCGGACAUUUAAAAGCUUUCUUUAAAAAAACAUUUGGGUUGCCUCUGUGCUCUUAACACUAUGCGUCCGUCUCAGAAUCCGCUUGCCUUUCUGGAGUGCACUACUGGUGUGCGUAACUCCCACUUGCGUAUCCACCGAAAUUACAAUAGCUCACUUCGUAUAGUCCGACCUAUCGUGCCCCUUGUAUAAAGACCUAGUUUAUGUAUAACAGGCAAUCAUAUGCGGUGUCAUUAUUGCCUCAAAAAUCGUAGUGUAACACCCUUCGCACACCAGAGGUAUUAAUUCCCUCACCAUGAAUUGGUUGCGAAGGCUUUCCAAUGCCCGCUGAUACAGGUGUUUUGUACAUAUUAUUAAUGUAAUUAUAGCCUGUCUCUACUAGAAAUAGUGUGCUUGAAUAUGUUCCUGCGACCAUCUUUCAGGAGUUGCUGAAGAAGUACAUACUAUAUGCGAAGGAAAGGAUACACCCCAAGCUUAACCAAAUGGACCAGGAUAAGGUGGCAAAGGCCUAUGCUGACCUCCGUCGUGAAUCGAUGGUAAGUUAGACUGUCUCAUUAUUGUAAUCCCAUUAAGGCCACGGGAAGUAUACCAAUCACCGUACGCCACAUUGAGUCCGUGGUAAGGAUGGCCGAAGCCCACGCGCGCAUGCACCUCCGCGAGUACGUGAACGAAGACGACGUUAACGUCGCGCUGCGUACGGUUUUGGAGUCGUUUGUGUCAACACAAAAGUAUGGAGUGAUGAAAUCUAUGCGACAGGUACGCUUUGUCAUAUUUUCAGUUUUUCCGCAUCUCGACAAUUCAGCGAUUCUAAUCACAGUUUUGCUGGCUUUGAGGGUACACUAAGGUAGCUUUGGUCUUAUGGGCUAAUGACGAUUCCUUUGGCUUGGGUUCAGAAAGCUGCAAAUGGGCAAGAACUUCCUGACAGUGGUUCUAGAUUAAGCCCCAAGUUGCAACGGGACGACAACGCCUUGUAACCUGUUUGAUGUGCCCACUCCUCACGAUAGUGAAUGUUCCCAAUCACAACCGACAGGACAACGGGCCCUUGGCUCACUGGCAGUGUCGGACAUAUCAUUACCCAAUAAACAGGCCAUCGGAGUUAGAAUCUCAGCUCUUGCGAACGGUUGGGCUUGACUGACUGAAGACGAUCAAUAAACCAGAACUGGCCAUCCCAGUCCGUUGCAUACACAUAAGCCAAUUUCACAGCCUUAUCCCCUCGAUGCAGCCCACUUUAAGGUUCCCUUAACUACAUAGCCCCUUUCUUCUUUGAAAAAAAGGUCAGAUUGACAGUACGUCCGCCGCAAAGGCCGCCUGUUUGGUCGUGUCGUGUAUGUUCCGGCCUGUGAGCCUUUUUCUACCUUCAUAGAUCGCAGCAGCACUAAAAGCGCUUUCCUGACCGUCGUGUACGUUUCUGGACGACUUGCUGUCCUUUUUUUUAUAGCAAACAGUAAAUCUAGUGCCUGUCGACGUCGACUCAAUCUCGGACAUUGUCUGCUUCGUCGUCUUGUGACUGAGCAGAUAGUUACUUGUUCGCCAUCUCUGCCGUCAUAGAAUACAGUUAGUUUGCUCUGAUGAUCCCGCCAGACCGCCAUUUCAGCGCACGGCUUACGAAUAAAAAUCACCAAUAGUCAGUAUCAAGUGAAUAUCAAGCGAAUUGCGAUACAUGUUCUGCCCUUCAGAAUUAAUUUUACUUUGCUUAACUCCAACUCCUUACCCGCUUUAGAAGUUCUCACGCUUCCUAAGCUAUCGUCGUGACAAUCAGGAGCUGAUACUCUUCUUGCUCAAACAACUAGUACAUGAUCGGACUGCUUUUGAGCGUUCGCGCCACAUCGACGAUGAGAGCUGGCAAAUUGAGAUUCCCGAGCAGGAUUUGGCCAACAAGGCGAAACAGGUCAAUAUUUCAUCGGUUCGCGCGUUUCUUUCCAGCGAACUCUUCACUGCCCAUCAUUUCACGUACGAUGCCGGUCGUAAAAUGAUCAUCUAUACUGUGUAG